GAGAGGGAGGAAGCUUAGCUCAAGACACCAAUAUUCUUAGUGUGAUGUCGAGGAUUUAGUUGUGUGAUUGACCCACUAGCGGGCAACAGGGGGCAGUGCCCGCAUCUUCGCUGUAGACUGCAUUGUGCACCGGAUGUAAAGGAGUGCUCCGUUCGGUCGAACUUUUGUGAGGCAUAGUGGAUAUCUGUGAGGUUACCAUCCCUGCUCUACAUGAAGGCAUCUGAUAAAACAUUUAAAUAAUUUCGUGUUUUUUAACAUUUAAAUGACAGAGUGAAGUGGACAUUAUUUUUCGUCGUCAGUGGACAGUGGAUUACUUGUUCUUCCCGGAUACUAUAAUAUAAAAUUCUUUUAUGUCACAAUCUGAAUACUGGAACAAAAAAAUAGCUAGAUGACAUUUGCCUUAGCCCCAUAUCUCAUAUGUGUGAUGAACUAUAGCAAAUUCCAUGGAAGAACAGAAUAAUUUAAGUGACUUUCAAGCUUUAAAAAGCACUAAUUUGAGUGAAUAGUGCCAAUCACUGAAGGAAGUUUUAAAGUGGGAUUUCUGUCCAACUUGGAUGUAGUAACUGCAGAGAUGAACUGUGGUGAAACUCUUUACAAACUGAAAGGAAUUUAAAUGUGUCACCGGAUGUUAUCGUUCUACGGAAACUCAGGACCUAAACUGCUUUGGUGUCCAAUGAAUCGCAUAACAAGGCAACACAAGCAGCGAGACGGAAGGACCACGUUACGAACGGCUUGAUGAAUCAACGUCCUUGGUUCAGGCUAUUUUGUUGAUCUUCAUAGUACCUGGUAACAAAUAUAGGUGCAGCUCCCGAAGUCCACAUAUAAAAACAACUCUUCACAUAAACAAAAACAAGAAAAAGCCUAUUGUAGCCAUGUUAAAUAUGCUGAAUGCGAGUGUCGUUUUGUGUGAUCAACUCUGCCUGAAGGUCAACUACGGGCCCGUUAUUUGCUAUAUCAGAUAUUCUAUUUUAAAGAAUAAUAAUAAAAAGUGUUAUUAGGACUUGACAUCUUUAAGGAAGCUGCUCGAGUCUUUGGAAUUUCCCGUACGGUGCUAGUGUGGUGACGAUUCUGACGCACAGAAGAUUUGUUUGACGGUUCGCCCACGUCUGCAGUGUUAACUGGUGUUUCAACAGGAUCCAAAACCAAAUUCAAAGGAUUAACUGAAGAAAACGGCUUCCCUCAGAAUAUCAAGUACCGUGAGUUAUUUAGAAAAGCAAUCCCCCAAAAAAUAGGAUCAAAGAAAGAAGUCAAUUUCCACCUUUUCCUGAAAUACUGUCAUGGCUAAUACAAACUUCCUUCCCAAACCAAAUUCGAUUCCUAUUCAUGACACUGCACUUACUUAUUUGUAAAAUAUAUCUUCAAUAUUUUCGGACGCGAAAAGCCUAAAAAACUUCAAUUAUGGGAGGGACGUUGAAGCGUACAGGUGCUACCAGUCGUCUGCAGUGGCAACCAGGUGGCAUCGUCGACUGUUGGUACAGCAUGGGGGCUGGAGCCUCCAUGACAACACUAGAAAUAAUUGAGUCUGAUUUAUUGAUGAUACGCACAGCGCCAUGAUGAAGUGGACAGGAAGAGGCCCCGGUUCCUGAUACCUACAGUUCAAAGACAGGACAUUAGACAAUUAGAAGGAGAAACGUUUCAAAGGACUCGUUCCUUAAGUUUCCUAAUCUUUUCUUUCGGCGGUGAUGGUUCAUUUACCUUCUCUUCUUUAUUUCUGAAGUGUUACUACUUUGGUUUGGUGGUUUUAUAUGGAUGCUGUCUUCCUUCGUUCUGUCUAUGUUUGUGAGUGUUGGAAAAAUAAUUACAUUCCUAGCAACAGGCGUGAGUGCUCUUUUUCAUCAAACAUUGGACGCAACACGCGAGUGUUUUUUGCCACAGACAAAUCCACGACUAGUUAUCGAUCUGUCUCGUCUUCUGGAGGGAUUCCAUCUGGGCGACUCCCACUUGGACUCGUAACAUUUCCUCCUGGAUCCUCCGUGGCUUUGCCCCGACCGGGCCACCGCCCGUCCGCCAAAAAGCAAACACCCUCGGACGAUAUCACCAUCCACAACCCCCCAGCUGCAGCAGUCUGCACCGACCACUACCACCUCCAGCACAACACCCAAUAUUAUGAAGUACUCGGGGGGCGACUCCGAGAUACUGUGUGGUGGAGGACCGGUGGACACACUGCUACUCACUUCAUGUUGGGGUGGCUCAGGCGGUGGCAGCGGGACGGAACACUUCCUGAUGGACGCACCAGCCCACAAACUAGUCAUGGAUUCCUGCUCGACGACAGAUGAAGAUUCGGCCACCAAAGCCACUAUGGAUGCCUUAGAUAGCUUGCUACUAACAUCGUCGUCUCAAAAUUCUCCGCCGGGUUCCAAUUCAAGUUUUGCAGAACUGAAGCCCCUGCCUCCAUUCACCGGAUACACUGGGCACCUUAGUAUUAAUGGUAUUCCUGGACAUCAUUUCCAUGCAAUUGCAGCUCCACAUUCUCCGCAAAGCCCUCACAACACUGUCUCGUCACUGGUGGAGACCAAUAAUAAUAAUGCCCAUGCCACCAAUCAUAAUACGAACAGUAACGUAGUGUUUAAAACCGGCAACAAUAAUGGUGGCGCUACCUUAUACUAUACGGUUAGCACAACAGCGGAUCAGUCCGUGGUAUCGUCAUCAACAGUUGAUGGCGUUUCGGGAGGAAUUAAACCAGAGUUUGUUGACUACAGUCUUCUGCCGCCAGAAAUAGAAGAUAUAGCAGCUAUUAUAGGCUCAGCUAUUGCAGACACUACAGUGCCGAAUGUUGACGGGUUAGUAGGGUCUGGUGAGGAUCCAGCGGCUUCUAGGGACAGUUGGAUGGAUUUGGAUGCGUGGAUAGAUACUGCAUGUGGUGAAAACAAUGUGCAAAAUGGUGGCAGCAGUGGCAAAGCAAUAAUUUCGGCAGAAUCGCUACAGGAAUUUGUUGCUAACUCUCAGUUUGUUGUAAGUGUCACCCCUGAAGAGUCCGGUACAACUGGACCCUCCUCGACGUUGCAGAGUCUCCUGACACAAGGCCUUCAGCAGCAGCAACAAGCCUUUACCCAGCAGGCGGCCCUGAUGCUUAAGAGGGAACAGUCAACGACAACCACAACGAAUUACCAACAACAACAACAUCACCACAUGCCCCUUCUUCACAGUCGACUUCAAAAUGGGCCCCCUUCCUUAUCAAAUGGUGCAAUUAAGCCAGAAUCUUCAUCGACUUACUUGUCUGAAUGUCCCUCUCCGUCCUCUUCAACACCGUACCUGAGUAGCAAAGACAUUAUGCUCCCGCACACCACGACUGGCAGUCCUCCUGGGCACGUGGUCAGUACCACUGAUAACACCCUUCUCAUGAACGGAGGACGGUACCAAGGCGUGCACCAGAACAGAAAUCGACCAGGGUAUAGCCAUAUCCGCAACUUGAAAGCCGGAGUCCCGUCGCCAGAUUUACUGGUGAACGGCAGUUCACUUGACAAUUUAGUCACUGGAAGUGGUCUGGUACAUGGGAACUACCCUCACACUACAGCUGCCACCACGACUACGCCGACACCGAGCAAGAGCAAGAGCAGAAGUAGAUCGGGAAGGAAACAACACAGUGGUGGUGCAGGUGGGGGUGGGGGUGGGGCAAGUGUCGUGUAUACGGCGGAUGGUAGUGGUGGGAUGAUGGGCAAGGAGAAACCAGUUCACCGAUGCACUAUCUGCAACCGCGGUUUCCUGAACAAGUCGAACAUAAAAGUGCAUCUACGUACCCACACGGGGGAGAAGCCAUUCAGGUGCGAGGUGUGUGGCAAAGCCUUCCGCCAAAAGGCGCAUCUCAUAAAACACCAACAAAUACAUAAACGGGUUGGUAGAGACUGACAGCAAACGCAACAGCACGAAGCAGAAGAAACAUGUUAGUGACUAAAAUGUGGGACUUUUUCUGUCCCAAGAACUUGUGUUUGUCAUUAAAAUUACGAAGGUAAGGUAGAGUCGAUUUUGAUUACGUAAGUCUGGUACUUUAGUUUAAGUUUUGAUGUCUCCAUCCAAAAGACUGCAAUCUGCCUGCAGUUUCGGUUUGUUAUAUGCACAGAUGACUUAAAUGAAUAUUUAGUCUCUGAAUUAGUGUUUAUAAUUACUUUAUGAAACGAAAUAUGUUCAUGAAUUUAAAAUUCAAGUUCAGCCGUGAAGCUGGACUUUUUAUAUUAACUGAUAAUUAGUAUGCACAAAGCAGCGGAUGAUUCUUUGCAGAAAAUCAAUAUUAUUUAAUAUCUAAGGACUAUCAGUAAACACUGAACGAAAAUAAAAUCGGCUUGGAGUAUAGCAAAACCGCUUAAUCCUAGUAUGUGCCUAGACUAUGCAAACAUCUGCAGAAUGCUACUGUACACAACCGAAGGCCUCGGAACUCACGCAGCCAGGAAGACUUCUUAUUCGUAAUGAAUAAACAUUUAUACCAGAAUCGGAACCUACUUUACUGUGUUCACAGUGCACAUUAAAAUUGCAUUGUCUUACAUUUUAAAUGCUCACAAAAGUUAUGAUGAUAAAAUUGCAAGAAACAUUACUACGAAUACUAUUAAUCAGUAACAAAAAUCUGUACGCUCUUUACAUUUGAAAACGUAAUUUCGUCACCGGUUUCCUCACUAGUUUCGUUUAAUUUGUUUCGUCACAUGUAGUUAUGAGCUGAACAUAAAAGCGCUUUGAAAUCGUGUUACCUCACUCCCCUAGGUAAUUCUUAGAUUACUCGUUCAACUUCAGUAGAAACUGUGGUAAGCUUUCUUAACUGCCAGGCUACUUUAAAGCUUGAACUUAUUUCACACCAUCAUCCAACUGAUCUUUGUAUUUAUAAUUAAUAGACAUGGUCUGAUCAGAAAGUAUUGUAAGUCACUAAAACUACGAUAGGCCUUAAUAUACCAAGUGGGAGGGGGUGUUAAUGCACUUCAGAGGAGGCUACUUCAUCAUGUCCACACUUGUUCCGUCUCUCCUAAUAACUGAAAUUAACUCACAAACUAAUAUUUUGGUAAUAUUCUUCUAGGUUUCGGCGCCGUGUAGACUCGUCGGUAGAAGCCUACGUUUCGGAGAAACGUACUGUCUGCAUUUUCAGAACUGUAGAUAGUCAGUGUGUUUCUCUGAAACAUUGGUUUCUACCUAAAGGCUACACGGCGACAAACCAGAAGAACAAUAUUACCAUGAGAACCUCAAAUCUCACACUGUUUCCACAAGAUAAAACAUUUUGCCUUUCCAGAUUUAAGUUUGAAUAACAGAAAACAGUCACAGGGAGUUAUAUCGAGUGAAUAAACAGGCUGUUUUAUUUGUCUAAUACUGUAUUCAGUUAACAUUUGUCGCACAAGCUUUACUGAAUGUUGAAGUGCACCGACAUGGCAAAUUUGCCGAUCCUCGUUUUCCCAAUUUCGUGACUGCUUACAAAGCAUGUCAUUACGGAUACAUCUCAGAAUUUUUAAACCGAACUGUUGAUGUGCUGAUUAAUAUCCUCUCCUGGUGGGGUAUACUGACUAUGCACAACACUCUCUUAACCAGUGCCAGCAUCGACCUGGUUUUACCUCGCAUUUGGCAAUUUUUCAGUUGUUGCUAAAAUGGGAAUUUCCACGUAAAUAGCUUUUAUUGUAUUUCGGAGUCAUCAACGUAGACGUUUUAUCAUUUGUUAUAAUCCUUUCGGUAAUCUUCUAUCGGUUUCUUCGGGAAAGAUCAGCGACCAGAGAGACUAGGCCAGAGGUCCCAGAGAUCUUACGACCGACGUUUCAUUCCAAGCACUGCGUCCAGUCCUCUAUCCCAGUGGUAUUCAACCUUUUUUGUUCGCGUACCCCGAGAUAUAAUUUCUCUUCAACUUUGUACACCAAAGGUUGUUCGUGUAUAAUUCA